AUGCCUCUUUUCAAGAACAAUCACCACAACACUUCUGCUCACCAUAAUGAGCCCAUCACCAGUCACACUGGCUUCAAUGGUCAUUCUGGAACUGGACCUGGAACUGGGACCGGGGCUACAACUGGUCUGGGUUCUCACCCAGUGACCGGAGCUGGCGGUGGCAUGAAUCAUCAUCAGUAUCCAAAUGACCAUAACAUGUUACCAGAACACCAUGCUCCCGGGACUGGCUUUGAACAAACUGGCUACGGAGCUCAGCCACAUUCUGGAAUGAACACGAUGGGUCACCGCCAGGAAUACCCUGGAGCCAUGUCAGAUGCCAAUGAUCCCUACACAGCUGCUGGCGUUGGUCGACACGAUAACAACAUACCCCCAAGUGGCGCUCUUCAUGCAGGUUCAGCAGCCAGUGGCGAGCGUCAUAGUGGCAGCUCAAUGGGCGGCAAGGUUGAACGCAUCGUCGGCGAAGUAGUGGGAAGUAAAUCAUUGCAAGCUAAGGGCAUGCAGAAAGAACAAGAAGCUCGUGCCCUCAAGGUCCAAAGCUCCGAAUUGGCUGAGGCGGAACGCUUGGAACGCGAAGCUUCCAUGCGACGUGAACGAGCGGUUGCCCAUGGUGCUCAUCCCGCUAACCAACACAUGGGAGCUAAUCACCCAUGA